AUGCAAAACCUCGUGCGAAAGCGGCAGGAGCAAGGACCGAGUUGGCGAAUGUCCAACUUGGGUGGGAACCCUUUUGCAGAGCUGCGUCAGCAAAUCAGGGCAUGGCAGACUCAUUUUUUCUCUGAGGUUGGCCCUGAGCAGCGGCAAGACUCAGAUGAAACUGCAGGUCAGCAGGAUUUGCAGCAGCUGUCGGGAGCGCCUUCUCGAAGUCCAGAUACGGGUUGUUUGCAGACUGCAGUCUGCGUAGACUUGCUGGCGGCUCUAGAGGAGCUUGUCAGCAGUAGGAAUUCAAUAGGAGCAGAAUUCAAGCACGACAUUGCGCGAGUUUGCCAGCAGUGGAAAUCAAGGCACAUUCAGGCAGAAAGCUUGCCAGAUGGUGCCGGUUGUGCUCUUCUCUUGCGCAGCCUGUCCGACCUGCUUCGAACAUCGUUGAGCAGCGACAGAGGCCAGCAGCAAGGAGGACGUCGUGCCUGUAGCAACCUGCUGAACGCUUUGAAGAAGCUUUUCAGCCAGGGUCUUGAGCGGCCCGGGACAGGUCUCGCAAGCGAGAUCUCCAAGGUCUGCAAGAGCUGGCAGAUAAGAGAAGGUAUAUCUGCUGACAGCGAGUCAGCUUUGCUUGUGAGGUGCAUUGCAGAUACGCUUCAAGCUGAAGCACGGCACGAAGCAAGCAACGCACUUGUGGCCAUGUCAUGUGGCACCGAAGAAGUCGGUGUUCGAGACACGCGUAAUGAAGAAUCAGAACGAGACCGUAAGUUCAAGCAGAAGGUUAGGGAGGGCAUCAUGGUAGAAUUGCGGCGCGAGGUUGAUCGCCUUGACGAAGAUGCUUGGAUGUUCAAGAAGUUGGACUUCUGA